AUGUCUUCGCAGCAGCCUCAGCUCAACAUCGACCGCUACGUCGUGAUCCAUGUUGCGACUACCUGCGAUGAACACGGUGUCUACGUUACCAAGGAUUCCGCCGAAGUCAUUGAGCUUGGAUGGAUUCUCCUUGAUGCUAACAGUCUGGAGGAGAUCACCCACGAAAGCGUCCUUGUCAAGCCUGUCAAUACUCCCAUCACCCCGCUAUGCACGAGCCUAACGACUCUGACCUGGGAACACGUUCGAAAUGCCGGUACUUUUAGGGAUGCUAUCAGUCGAUUCGACACGUUUGCUACCGAGUAUCUGACGUCCAAGAACCUCGACUUUGUCUUCGUCACGCUCGAUGCCUGGGAUCUGCGAGUUCAGCUCCCGCGAGAAGCUCGCGACAAGGCUGUCGUGCUGCCUCCCUAUCUGCAGCACUCUCGCACCUUCGACCUGCGAACUGAAUACCAACGCUGGCAACAGCACCACCCAGAGUCUCUGCCGUUUGGCCCCUCGAUGCUGUCAAACAUCUGCGCUGCUCUCGAGGCUCUGGCUCCCGCUUCUCCCCGCCGCGCAAUGGAAGAGGCCAUUACCUUGGCCCGCGUUCUUCGUGGCUUGAUUCGCAAGUCUCAGCCCGCCCAGGAUCACCCCGAUGUGUUGACUCGACCUAUGGAUGCGAGGGCAGAUGUCCGGGCGUUCCUUUCCGAGAGGAGCAAGGUUUUGCACAUGUCUGGUCUGCCGCAUGAUACUACUCAAUCCGAGCUGGAGAGCUGGUUUACCCAGUUUGGUGGUCGUCCGAUUGCUUUUUGGACUCUUCGAACCCCCGAGCAGCACAAGCCCACUGGUACAGGUUUUGCUGUUUUCUCAUCUCAUGAAGAAGCUGCUGAGAGUUUGUGUAUGAACGGACGUGCGCUGAACGAAAAGGCUAUUGAGGUUUCUCCCUCUUCUAGCCGUGUAUUGGAUCGAGCUCAAGAUAUUUUGACACCCUUCCCGCCGAGUAAGAACCGCCCCCGACCUGGUGAUUGGACUUGCCCCUCUUGUGGCUUCUCCAACUUCCAGCGCCGCACAGCUUGCUUCCGUUGCUCGUUCCCUGCUGUUGGAAGCGGUGCCCCUGGAGACAUGGGUCCUGGCGGCUACCCAUACCCAUACGGCCCCCCUGCUAUGAUGACCCCUCCUCACCAUGGUGGCCACCACGGUCCUAUGCACGGUGGACGGAUGGGCGGUGGCGGCGUUGUGCCCUUCCGUGCCGGUGACUGGAAGUGUGGAAACGAAGUUUGUGGAUAUCACAACUUUGCCAAGAAUGUCUGCUGUCUUCGCUGUGGCGCCAGUCGUGCUGGUGCUGCCGUUGUUGCGGAUUCUGGCUACCCCUCUCCGAUGGAUAACGGCUCGCAGUAUGGCAUGAGCCAGGGUUCGAUGGCUGGUACGCCAGGUCCUGGCCCGUUCUCUUCUGGAGGAUCCUUUGGACCGGGAGGCGGCUACGGUCAACACUUUGGCGGCCCCCCUAGCCAUUUCCUUCCCUCGGGAUUGGGUGGCGGUGCUGGCGGCUAUCCGGGCUCUCUUAACACGCAGGGCUUCGCUUCCGCCCCUGGCUCGCAUUCUGCUGGCCCCUUUGAUAGUAGGGCUGCCGAGGCGGCUUUCCAGUCUGCGACUAACGGUCCUGUCUCUGGUGGGCCAGGCAACAACUUCUACAACAACGGCAACCCUGGCAACAACGAAAACGAUCCCUUUGCCUUCCUGAGCAGUGGUAUCGGUGGCCUCUCUGUCAGCGGCGACGCUCGCCAGAAUGGUGCCGGUGCUACCCCUAACAAGUCACCCGCCUAG